AUGGGACAUGACAUAACAGACAUGGUCACAAGAAGGAUUCUCCUUGCGGGCGAGACUGCGCCAGACUGCGCUGCGCCUGCGGCUGCGCGUUCUGAAAAUAAAAAUGACAUGUUCGACUGUGGGAGGCUCGACCUCGACCGCGACCUCGACCGAGACCCGAGAGACGGGAAUCUGGAUGGAUGGCUGGGAACAAAUCUGAUCCGUCAACGUCAUGCGGAUGAGCAGGAGAGAAAGCGAAUCGCGAACGCGUUCUGCGUUCUUCGUAUGGGGAUACUCGUACUGAUUUACACUCGCGCCGAACUGUUGUGGAUGUAA